ACACAAUCUAUCAUGGGCGUCCCCUUCGACUUAGCGCCAGACCGGCCAGACCACAUCGACCAGAUCCUCAAUGGGCUGGACCGCUACAACCCCGAGACUACGUCCGUCUUCCAGGACUAUGUCAUGCAGCAGUGUGAGAACCAGACUUACGACUGUUACGCUAACCUCGCUCUGCUCAAGCUAUACCAGUUCAAUCCCCACCUCAACCGCGACGAAACCAUUACCAAUAUCCUCGUCAAGGCUCUCACCGUUUUCCCCAACCCCGACUUCGCCCUGUGUCUAUCGCUGCUCUCGACCCAUGUCCUCGCACCCCUCAACACGUCGGCACAUGCCCCAGCGGCUGGCGACGCGCCGCUCUCGGAAGCAGUGCAGAAACUCAACGUCCUGAACAACCUGCUCGGCGGUGCAGACUACUCCGCCUUCUGGAACACAUUAGACUCGGAUGACCUGUACGCCGACUUGGUUGCUGACGUGUCGGGCUUCGAGGAGCUGAUGCGGGUCCGGAUUGCCGUGACAGUCAGCCAGUCGAUACGGGAGGUAGAUAGGGCUAUCCUGGAGUCGUGGCUGAACUGUCGGGGCAAGGAGUUUGACCACUUUGUUGGGACAGUCUGUGGCUGGACUUUGGAGGGGGUGAAGAUUAAGAUACCAUUGAACAAGGAGAAUGAGGCUAAGGGUACCGUAGUGAGGGAAAAUGUGAAGUUCGACCAAUUUUCUCGUGUGAUCAAAAGGUCCUUCGAGCAACCGGCAUGAUUGGUUACCAUGCGAUAUGUGGCGACGAUGAUUAUGGGUGCAUUACACGAUACCGGCCGGCGAGGUCAAUGGCGUUGGGAAAGGCUCAUGAACUAUAUAGCUGACACGGCCAUUCGUGUCAAAAUACCAUGAGAUGCCGCACGAUAACAUUGUAGAUCUAUGAUCGCUCCAGUUCUGGGGCAAAGGUGAAGCACGUGUCCCCACAAAUUCCGG